AUGAGGGCAGAUGGUGGUUCUGAGGGUGUUAAGCUACCCUUGACAAGUAAGGAUUGUGAGAGGAGUUGGGUAGAGACAGUCUCAAAAAUAGAUAUGGAUGGCAAUAAAAUUAACAUGAGGAAUGCUUGCAUCUCAUCCCUAAUUGCCUUUCUCAUCGCCAUGAGUUUUUGGUUGUCAGUGGCAAAGGUGGCAAUAUGCUCUUCCAUUGACAAAGUGUUAGCAUACUUCCACUGCAUCAUGCUCCUGAGUGUGAAAAAUGUGUUUAGCCCUGGAUUGGUGCCUUGGUGUCAGAGAGUUGAUGCAGUUGAGAGUGCAGAGGAUGAGGGAGUAGUGGCUGAAGUGGACAAGGCAGUGGCAACAGCAGACUACUGGAUAGUGGAGGGUGCACUGGCUGGUGUUAUAAACUAG